AUGAUUCGUCACGCAUGUCACCUCUUUCAGGUUCUUGUCGUCACCCAGGACGCAUUUCCAGACACGGAAACUCAGUCCAAAUGGGCAGCUAAAGUCUGGGAAGAAUCGUGCACGAAGAGCAAGACUUUCUACAUUCUCACUGAUCGUGUGAAGGGUCUCCUGAUGGACAGACAGAUAACCGAGAGGACAGCGAAUGCCCGAAGCAAGGUCCGGAAUGCCGUACUCCCACUCAUUGCGCUCAGCUAUGGGUUUUCAGGUGCAUUGACCGAGCCAGCCAAGAGUAUGAACCGUGCUCUUUACAUCAAGCUACUCGAUCUCGAUGCAGCAGAGGCGGACGUCCGCUUUCAUUAUAAGGACGUCGACGCACGCAAGGGAUUUGCUCAAAAUGACAUCAUUCUCGCCAUCAUCCAGUCCGCGUGGUUCGCUCCCGGAAGCAAAGGCAAACAUCCACCCGGGGUUGAAUUCUCAACGUAUUUCUCGCCAAUAUCGGAGGUUACGUUGGCCCUCGUGUUCACUGCGGUCGAUUUUGGACUCAACCAAUGGGGAGAUGGAGUGUUCGUCACGGAUGGCGACCAAGCUCAUUUCACGGAGAAGAUGUACAAGUCGAAGUACGACACAUACCUCUCUGAGAUCCUCGAGUGGAGCAAGGAGCUUGCUCCGACUAGGUCGUUGUCACUGCGGAGAAUGAACGCGCGGGGGCUCCGACUCAGCAUGCACCGAGACGAGGGCUAUCCGAAUCUGCCCGUCAAAGGCUCAUAG